UUAAAUAAUUCCGAUUCUACUAUCGAGCGGAUCAAUUAACUCGCCAAAGGAAAUGGAAUCGGAGCAAAGACUCGCCGAGUCUACUGGAGGUAUUUCUCCUUUGGGCAAUAGUCCACUCCGUCCGCGGACACGGGCCUCGGCUCAACGACUAAUACAAUAUGGCGACAUUUUCAUAUUUAACAACUUGAGAACACGCGAAGUUCACCUCACAAACCACAAAAACAAAUCCACAUCAUGACAGACCUACUCGUUUCAAAACCUCUUGAGCUGCCAUGCGGACUCACGUUGCCCAACCGCCUCGUCAAGGCCGCCCUCGCCGAGGAAAUGGCCGAUCGUCAGAAUCUUCCUACAACAGAGCAGAUGGAACGUACCUAUGGUGCCUGGGCUGAUGGAGGCUGGGGUAUGAUCAUGACUGGAAAUGUUCAGAUUGACGAUCGCUACCUCGGUGGAUUCAGUGAUUGCACCAUCAAUGCUAAUCUCUCAGAAGAAAAAGUCCUCGAGGCGUAUAAGAGAUUUGUUGGUAUUUGUCGACGAAAGGGAACGCCCACAAUCAUGCAAAUCAACCAUCCUGGUCGACAGUCGCCUAUUGGAGCUGGCAGCAAAUCAUUCUUGGCCAAGAAUAUCGCCCCGAGUGCUGUUCCGCUUGACAUGGGGAAUGAUAUUAUUUCAAAGAUUGUGACGACCUUUGUCUUUGGAUGUCCAAAGGAGAUGACCCUCGAGGACAUUGAGGAUGUUGUGAAGCGAUUUGCCAAUACAGCUCGAAUUGCAGCGGCCGCCGGUUUCGAUGGAGUUGAGAUUCAUGCCGCUCACGGAUAUCUCUUGUCUCAGUUCCUGUCUGCAAAGUCCAACAAGCGAACCGAUGCAUAUGGAGGAUCAGCAGGAGCCAGAGCAAAGAUCAUUGUCGACGUUGUCAAGGCAAUCCGAGCAGUAACGCCAUCAAACUUUUGCGUCGGUCUCAAAAUGAACUCUGCAGACCAUCAGUCUCCUACAGAGCUCCAAGAAUGUCUGGAGCAGAUUUCUCUGAUUACUGAGGUCGGCUUAGACUUUUUGGAAGUCAGUGGUGGAAGCUAUGAGAACCCAACUAUGUUCACUGGAACUGGUGAGAAGAAGGCUGCCAGUACAGCUGCCCGAGAGUCAUUCUUCCUCGAAUUCGCCCAUGAGGUGCGCGCCAAGUUUCCAAAGGUGCUUUUGAUGGUCACUGGCGGAUUCCGCACCCGAGCGGGUAUAGAGGACGCCUUGAGUCAGGGUGCUUGCGACCUUAUUGGAAUUGGCAGGCCUGCGAUUAUCAACCCUUCGUUGCCCGCGAGUAUCAUUUUGAACAAGGAGGUCAAGACUGAGGAUGCGAAGCUUUAUGCGAAGAGGAUCCAUACGCCUUGGAUCCUGAAACAGAUUGGGCCCAAGAGUGUUGGAUCUGGUGUUGAGAUUACAUGGUACAGGAAACAGCUGCAGGCGAUCGGAAAGUGAGGGCGAGACCGCGCUUCUGAGCUCUUGUUUUCUGUCGUUUUCAUCAUUUUAGGAUAUCCCAGGACCGCAUUAGACAUUUUGGUGGAGAUUUAUACUUGCAACAUAAUUACUACUAGAGCUUGAGCUCAAUCAUAACACGAGAAACUUUUUCCCCAUGAUACCGAAUGUGAGUGGUUGUUGAGGAGAGAGACAAUCAAGGCUGCGAUUGGGUCUAUGCAUCACGUGGCUAGCGCUUCCAAGAUUUUCUGGAGCUAGUUAAAGCGCAAGGCUGAGAAUUAAACAUAUGGGUCUCCCGC